AUGCAACCUACGCUACCCAGGCGGGACAGAACCAACGAGAAUUUCCUAAGAGCGACCAAAAACAUUAUGCAUAGGUGUGACGAUAUCAGUCGUCGUUAUGGAGCCGACGUCUACAUCGUGUUACGUCGUAAGGGUCGUUACUACGACUACUCUUCCUCUAGAGAUCCUUCCUUUCCAUUGUCAUCCGCAGAGAUCGAAAGAACCUACCCUGUACCGGUCAGGAAAACGCCGGUUGACAUUGAGCGACGAAAGCAAAGGUCGUCAGAGACAGGGGUGACCCAGCAAGUGGCUAUGGACCCUGAUUCUAUAGGAGGAUAGUAUAUCAUUGGAGAGUAACUCAGGGCCAU